CGCAGACAUUUUUAAGCUUAGACGAAGACCGUAUUACGGAUUAGGUGAUUCAUUCAUUAUCAGUAUACGUGACUCUGGCUACGAUUGGACAUGGCUAUUCAAGGCCAUUCCACAAGAAUCCAUUGCCUCAUCAUAUAUUCUAUGACCAUUGUGUCAAUAUUCAAUACAUCUGCAAAUGCUGUUUGUCCCAUUUCUUCAUUAACAAACCCACAAGCUGCGAUGAAGGUGAUGUUUUGUGACAAUCCCAUGUGGAAUACAGAUUAUUCUUACAGGGUACUUCCUUUAAUGUCUGAAAGCAUCAUGGAAAGAGGACGUGAAUUUGUCCAUUAUUUAGAAGUGGAAGCAAGCAAUUCGUCAGUCUGGAAUUCGAUUUCGAGACGGACCUCAUACCUGUGUCUCUUUGGAUAUAAUGACUAUGAUCAAAGCAGUCUAAUAACUGCAAUCGAAGUCGGAAUAAUAGGAGAAACAUGCCCUAAACUGGGAUUUUUAGAAAUAAGGAACUUGAAUAUCAAGAACAUUACGAAGAACACCUUUAAGGAUUUAAACAGUUUGGCAAUACUGCUCUUGGGGAAUAACUCAAUCACGUAUUUGCCCAAGGACGUUUUUGAAUAUUUAAGAAAUAUUAUCUGGAUAAGUCUAGAUGGAACACGUAUUCAAACAAUAUCACCUCAACACUUUUGCAUAUGUACUAAACUGCAGUUUUUACAAAUAAGGUCAAGUAAUCUAUCGAAUAUAAAUGAUAUGGCCGACGUACAAUUUCCAGAACAGAGAUGCAAUUUUAAGCUUCUUUCUUUUACUUUGGACAGCAAUAUAUUUCUUAAUAUGACGAGUGCAAUAUUCAAACAUUAUUCAAUGCACGGUGUACUGUCGAUCGCAAACACAUCGCUUUCAGAAUUAAAGCAAGAUUAUUUCAAUGGACUUGAAAACGUGUUAUUUCUAAGUUUAGGAUAUAACAGAAUCAAAAUAAUUCCCCAAGAUGUGUUCAAUGCAACGCGUAAUUCAUUGCAAGGGAUCAGGCUUUCCACGACCUUGAAAAUCUAA